AUGUUCGAAUCCCGCCUCGCCGAGCCAUUGGCUGUUGACACCCGAUCUUCUUCACUGCCGACCAAGAUCAACACUUUUACAACCACUAUCGAAUACCCCGAAGAGCAAGUGACCACUCCCACAACAGGCCAGCGGAGCCGUGGCAAUAGUCUUUCGUUCCCAACCCGAGAUCUCACCGCCGAUCAGCCAACCAGGGGACAAGUAUCUCCGAUGAAAAUGACGACUGAAGGCCGCUACACCCCGAGCCCCGAACCGCCGCCGGCGCUGUUCGUGCGGGCCAUGUACGAUUAUGACGCAGACGAUCACACCAGUCUCAGCUUCCGCCGAGGCGACGUUAUCCAAGUGUUGAAUCAAUUAGAAACCGGUUGGUGGGACGGAGUCAUCAAUAACAGUGUGAGGGGCUGGUUUCCCAGCAACUAUUGUACCGUGAUCACCGAUCUCAGCGAAAUCGAAGAGGAGCAGCUUUCGCAUGGUCGCGAGGAGGAGGAUGCUAUCGUGGACUCCGGCGCCGGAGAGGAUUACGAGGAGGAACAAGAGGCCGACGAAGUUGACUCAGCAGGGAACUCGCGCGAUUCGCAGCCGAUCCUACCAAUCGAGGGCGCAACAGCGCCCAAGGACCAGGAGGAGGCUGCUUUCUGGAUCCCGCAGGCUACACCCGACGGCCGCUUGUUCUACUUCAACACGCUCACCGGCUACAGCACUAUGGAGUUGCCCUUCGAAAACCCGACGGCCAAUGAGACCGGCCCGUAUGACCGGAACACGGUGAUCGUGCCUGACCAGACUCGACCACCCCCAGAACUAAUGGCCCGUGGGUUCGAACGUGACGAGGACGACUACGAUGGUUCGGCAUCCGAAGCGGAGGGCGAGUCUCUGAUGUUGACCUCCCGCGACUCGAUGUCUCGGAGGCGUCAGUCAUACCUCGAUGGGGUGUCACCCGCCACAUCGAUGGACUCGUUACACCCACCGUCGGCGACGAAAUCUAUCAGUGACGAUAAGCUGUCAUAUCAAGCGAUGCGGUGCGCGCAAAACUUCUUUGGAGGCGCUCCGCCAAGUAGUAACAAUUCCAUCUCCGAUAACAUCCAUCGCCCUUCUAUCUCUUCGGAAGUCCCCUCGCAUUUUGUUGACGAUGGUGCUUCGGCCGUUCUGACUUGGCCUUUGCUUGUUGAGAACAUGCGACAGGCUGUCGAAGUCUACCGACAGACGCUGUUGAACGGCGACCGGUCGGAGUAUGUGCGGAAGGCAGAGGACAUUUCCGAUCAUCUACGCAUGUUGCUGGCGGCUGGCUCGGACACAACGGACAACCAUUCGGGCAAUCCGUCGAUCAUUUCCACCAACAAAGCGCUCUAUCCCAAUUUCAGGGAUAUGAUGUCCAAAUUCUCCAAGUUGGUGCUCUCAUCGCAUAUUGCUGCAGCUGAUUGGCCAGGCCCAGAUUCCGUCAACAAGUGCCUGCAGGAGGCGGAUGGCGUGUUGCAGGGUGUCUAUGGAUUUGCCGAAGUGGCCAGGCAGCAGCGCGGCGAUUCCAUCAAUCGUAUCGUCCCAGGCUUCGUUGGUGGUAGUCAUUCGGGCGGCUACUGGCAGAACAACGGCGUUCUUCUCAAUGAACCUGGUCCGACUUGUUUUCUGGACCACGAUGGGACGGAUAUGCGAGCGGAGCCGUCUGUGCCCCUUGACGCAGCCUUGCUAGACAAGAUUGACAUUCUCAGGAGGAACUUCGUUGGCAGCAUUCGUCGUCUGGAGGAACGUCUUACGCUCAAUCAGAAGAAAAUUGUCACCAUCGUGGAACACGAGAACAUCGGUAACUCAGUGUCGGCCGCUGCCAUCAAGGUUGUCGACCAAUACCGCCCGUGGAUCUCAGCUGUCGAAUCUAUCAAUCUGGCGCCCCUUGGAACCGGUUUUCAGAAUCCCCAACUCGUCGAUUUCAGUUUGCAGAAACAACGGGUGUACGAUGCAAUUGCCGACUUUGUUGUGAGCUGCCAAGCAGUUACGGCUCCUCUAGGAGACGAAUGGGCUGAAUUGCGCGGUGAUUCUCUUGAGGAUCGUUUGAACGCGGUUCGCAGCGUCGCGAGACAACUGGAGAACUUCGUUUCCCAGAUUGGAUUCUCGCUAUCACUCCUUCUUGAACAGGUUCCUGAGCCCGCAUCAGCCUCCCGCGCUGAGAGUCGUCUGGGUGGAGACAGCGAGAAGCCCAAAGGCAUUCAUAGCCGCGCAGAGUCUCAAUCGAGAAUCGCAACGGAAUCGAUUGGGAUUCCAUCUUCGUACUCGAUCGAGAACUCUACUGAGAAAGUCCGACGCAAUAUGGAUAAGGCGCAAAGAUUCUUUGGGCAAGCACCACCAGCUGCGAUCCCGCGGGAAUCUGUGCGAGAGCCGGUUCGCGAGCCGGAAGAGACCCCCUGGUUCUUAAAGAUGGAUCACGAAGGCGAGGUGUUCUUCGAUACGAAGAAUGACAAUCCCACCCUCAAGUGCGGCACCCUAGCCGGUUUGGUGGAGCAAUUGACACGCCAUGACAAGCUCGAUGCUUCCUUCAACAAUACUUUCCUUCUCACCUAUCGCUCGUUCACGACUGCCAAGGAGCUUUUCGAGCUGAUCACCCAGCGAUUCAACAUCCAGCCUCCAUUCGGCCUCAACCCGGACGAGAUGCAGAUGUGGGUCGACAGGAAACAGAAGCCCAUUCGGUUCCGUGUUGUCAACAUACUGAAGAGUUGGUUUGAAAACUUUUGGAUGGAGCCCAAUGACGCGGCACACAUGGCAUUGCUUGAACAUGUUCACUCGUUUACCAAAGAUUCCAUCGCAACCACCAAGACCCCGGGCUCACCACAGCUACUGGCAGUAAUUGAACAGCGACUUAAGGGCCAGGAUACCACUGUCAAGCGCUUGGUUCCCACUCAAUCAACCGCAGCUCCGACGCCGAUAAUUCCGAAGAAUAUGAAGAAGAUGAAAUUCUUGGACAUCGAUCCGACGGAGUUUGCUCGACAGCUUACGAUUAUUGAAUCCCGUCUUUACUCUAAGAUCCGGCCUACGGAGUGUCUGAACAAGACAUGGCAAAAGAAGGUUGGCCCCGAAGAGUCUGAACCUGCUGCCAACGUAAAGGCUCUCAUUCUUCAUUCCAACCAAUUGACAAAUUGGGUUGCGGAGAUGAUUCUCACUCACAAUGAUGUCAAGAAGCGUGUGGUGGUCAUUAAACACUUUGUCAACAUCGCAGAUAAAUGUCGCGCGCUGAACAAUUACUCCACUCUAACAUCCAUCAUUUCUGCUCUGGGAACAGCACCCAUCCACCGUUUGGGACGCACAUGGUCUCAAGUCAGUGGACGCACGUCUGCUGUGCUAGAGCAGAUGCGCCGCCUUAUGGCGAGCACGAAGAAUUUUGGUGAAUACCGCGAGACACUGCAUCUGGCCAAUCCACCUUGCAUUCCAUUCUUUGGUGUCUAUCUGACCGAUUUGACGUUCAUUGAGGAUGGUAUUCCAUCUUUGACACCAUCCGAAUUGAUCAAUUUCAACAAGCGCGCGAAAACGGCGGAAGUGAUCCGUGACAUUCAGCAGUACCAGAACGUCCCGUAUCUUCUGCAGCCAGUCCCCGAGCUGCAGGAUUACAUCCUUAGUAAUCUACAAGCGGCAGGCGACGUGCAUAACAUGUACGACCGCAGUCUGGAGGUGGAGCCGAGGGAGAGGGAGGACGAGAAAAUCGCAAGGUAUGCUGCUAGCAAUACUCCUAUUGCUCCCAACACUGCAACCGCCAGUCCUACCAAAGGGAAUGGCAAGAACACAGCCAUGACUCCUAGCAUGCGUACCUUGACCUUUGCGAGCAUGGUCGCGUCAACACGAUAA